AUGACUGGCGAGAUUGGCGCGAAUCCGCGACGGCUGCAGGUGAAGAAGAAGACACAGAAAGCGGCCGGCUGCGAUUAUCGCAAGGGCAGCUGGGUGCACAUUUCGAAAAUAGCCGGGUACAAGGUUCCGUACCCCCUAAACUGCUCGAAGCACUUCAGCUGCGCCAACGUGCCUCCGGGGAAGCAGCACCCCUCCAACUACGUCUGGGUGCCCGCGCCACCCUGCAACUACUACACGUGGAAGUUCAAUGGCAAGCGGUUUCUAAAGAAGAUGCGGAACACUGUGAUGGCGUUUGUGGGUGACUCGUUAAACGACAACAUGUACGAGGGUAUCGUGUGCCUCCUGCAGGCAACAACUCGAGUAGUGUUCAAGAAGGUCAGGAUUGGAAAUCGGAGACUUGGUUCCUACUUCGUCCCGAAUUACAACCUCACUACUCUCACCAUCAACAGCGGCUACCUGGUUCAGAGCCCUCGAUAUACCACCAACCACAAGACAGCGGUCUACACGAUGAACCCCAAGUGGGCCACUCUGCUGCCUUACACCGACGCCAUUGUGUUCAACGCGGGCCACUGGUUCUUCCACCCGCCCAAGGACCAAACCACUCCCUGGUACCCCAUUCCAGUGAUGAGCAAGGCGCUGGUAACCGUGCGGGAUUAUUUCGCCAAGGCGAACUACAAGGGUGCAGCUGUGUUCUUCACCUUCUCUCCCGUACACGAGAAGGGCUACUGCAACGCUGCUCAGCCGUUCCCGCCGAACGUGCAAGCAGACAAUACGUUGAUGAGCUUCAUUCUACCAGCCAUGAAGAAACAGGUGACAGUGAUGAAACGGUCGACCAUGAAAGUGGCAGAGGUCACCUACCUGAGCGCCAUGCGCCCUGACGCCCACCUGUUUCUGAACGGCCGCGACUGCAGCCACUGGUGCCUGCCGGGGGUGCCUGACGCUUGGUCCGAUGUGCUGUAUAACGUCCUGAUGGGCGUGCGGAGGAACUUCGCAUGA